AUGCCUCCACCACGACUCCCGCACGCUGCACAACCCGAUCCGUCGUUUUCGCUUCUGCUAUCGCUACCAAGGGAACUUCGCGACCGCGUCUAUCAAUUUGCGCUCGUAUCGAGAGCGCCCUUUUGGUGGCCUGGCAAAGCCCCCGAGUUGGCCACCAUUGACCACCGCAACGUCAAUGUCGCUCUUCUUCGGGCGAAUAAACAGGUCUAUACCGAGACCGUGGACAUACUUUACUCGCAAAACAAGUUCCUCUUUACGCACCCGAGCGAUUUAAACAUCUUCCGCGUCGUCACGCCUCCAGCCUCUACCAAUAUAACAAGUGUGCUCUUUCGCAUUAGAGAGAAGGACCUGAGGAUAUGGACAGCUUACCUCGGUAGCAGGAAGGAAGACAGGAGUCUACGGCAUGAUUUGCCCAAGCUGAGGAGUGUAUGGGUCUUCUUAAGAUGUGGGACAGUGUCACUGCCACCAGGACUGCAACCAGUACCCGCAGGUGCCGCUGGAGUGGGCGCGGCAGCAAUGACAGGACAUGUCCAAGCUACUCACCAUACUCUAGGACAGCUGCAUCACAGCAUCGCACAAGUCCUAGGACAAGGAGGUGGCCAGCUUAACAACAUGAACCACAUCCCGCCUCCCCCUCCCCCUCCCCCUCAAGCGCCCGCCAUUCCCUUCUUACAGUUCGCACAAGGAGCUUUAGGAGGAUUAGGUGGUCACGUACCGCACCACCAUCAUCAUCCCCUACCGCCGCUUCAAGCCGGCCAACACCACGCCCCUCCAAACCUCCAGCUGCUAGCCCAGCAAGUCCACCAAGCCCAUGUGAACCAUCAACUGAACAUUCCCCCGCCGCCUCCCCCAGGCGUACCACCAACCAUCGACCCCCACCACCUCUACAACUCCUUCCUCCGCUUCGAGCGCGAAAUCGGCGUCGAAUCCCUCUGCCUCAACCUCCGCGACGUCCUGUACCCUGGCGUACCCGACCCUAGUUUCAACUAUGGCCACGGAAAAGUCAGCAGUACAUCUUCCAAGUCUACUUCGGGUUCCUUGAACAACAAAAACAAUAACAGCAAAUUGCCGACUGAAAUCAAGAUCAUGGCAAUGUUCAGGAUACCAAGACGCGAACUUGAGAGACUGAUUGCUACGUAUCCUGGUGAAUUGAAAGUGGAGAAGAGCACCAUGGAUGCGAGGACUAAGUUUAGGAAAAUGCAUGGGGUGGAUGUUAGUUUAGAGUUGACGGGGUAUCCGUCGUUGGUGGAGAUGGGCAUGGAGAUGACGGGGGUGGAUAUGGACUGA